GGAGCCGGUAGACGAACGUUUCCAGUAGGACAACAUUCAGCUAACUGUGCGGUUCGUUCAGUCCAUCUCUGUCCUUACGAAAGGCUCGCGUGUCCGGCGCCUCCUGAAUUGCUUGCUAGAAGGACGACAGUUUUCCUAUUGACGCUUUCUCUAAGAAAACAACAACGAAAUGGGGAGUGAAAAGGAAACAAUCAAAAGAAGCCUUACGAACAUCGGACAGGAAGACUAUUACAUCAGAGGCAUUGAAGGUUGGAACAAAAUGGCUUCUCCCACAUCGCGCCCUGAGCCCGCCCUUUCUUGGCUGGACAGUGCUAUCCGGGUGAAGCCUUUGCAACUCGCUGACAGCUGGAAGAAGCAACAGGUGGAAGACGCAUUGAAGAAGAUCCAUCUGACUGGAGCCCAAGUGUUGCGCAUCAAGGAAGUAUUCCAUAGUGAGGUGGAGCGUGGAAUACACGAACAACCAUCGUCUUUGCAGAUGGAGAACACUUAUAUCCCAGAACUGCCCAAUGGAACUGAGGAAGGUAUGUUCCUUGCUCUGGACUUGGGUGGAACCAACUUCAGAGUUAUCCUUCUGGAGUUGUCUAAUGGUGCCCUUAUACGAGAAAAUGUGAAGCGCUAUCACAUACGAGAAGAGCUGAGGCUGGGUUGCGGAGAGCGACUCUUCGACUUCUUGGCAGAAUGUGUCAGUGAUUUUGUUCGAAGUCAGAAUCUCGGUGGAACAAGGUUGCCAUUAGGAUUUACUUUCUCAUUCCCCAUGAUCCAAAAGGGUCUGGAUGUUGGUAUUCUCUUGACAUGGACCAAGUCAUUCAACUGUCCAUCGGUGGUUGGUCGUGAUGCAGUUCAGAUGUUAAGGGAAGCCAUUAACAGACGUGGUGACACACAUGUAGAGGUUCUGGCAGUGCUCAAUGAUACAACUGGCACACUAAUACAGGGUGCUGUACUCGACAAGAAGACUGCAAUUGCCCUGAUACUGGGAACGGGGAGCAAUGCCUGCUAUAUAGAACGGGCUGAUAGAGUCCAGCACUGGGAAGGACAACGACAUGGGGAGAAAGAGGUUAUAAUUGAUAUUGAAUGGGGAGCAUUUGGAGAUAAUGGUGUGCUUGAUUUCAUCAAAACAGACUAUGAUCGCAAGGUUGAUGAGAACUCUCUCAUUACAAACUCCUUUACAUUUGAAAAAUAUAUUAGUGGCAAAUAUCUGGGUGAAAUCGUUCGUGUGAUUGUUGUGAAGCUUGUUGAAGACUGUGUUCUGUUUGGGGGGACAGUAUCUGAUGCACUCCUUACAACUGGAGCCUUCACCACUAGCUUUGUGUCGCUCAUAGAACAGGACACAGUGGGGAAUAACUGUGAAAACACACCAGAAAUUCUCGAUAAGCUCGGACUUUCAUAUAAUGCUGAUGACAUUGCUAUCAUGAAGUAUAUAUGUGAAACAGUGUCAAACCGAGCUGCAUUAUUAGUGUCUAUAUGUACAGCAACAUUGCUGGAGAGGUUGGAUCGUCCAGACACCACAAUUGCAGUAGAUGGCUCACUGUACAAAUAUCAUCCUCGCCUCAAAAGUUGGAUGAACAAGUACAUUCAUCUGCUAGCUCCAGAGAAGAAGUUCAAGCUCUUAUUAGCGGAGGAUGGCAGCGGCAAGGGAGCAGGACUUGUGGCAGCUAUAGCUCUCAGAUUAAAGCAGCGUUUUUCACAGACAUGACCUUCCAUGCAUCAUAUAGCCCUGCAAGUGACACAACUUUUGCUCUACUCAGUAACAAUAUGCGGUUCACAGGAAGCCAGUAAGAAUUAUAAAUGGCAAAUGACUUAGGAGAUGACUGUACAUCUGGGAAGAUGUUAUUUCUACCUCUAUGAAGUUGGAGACAAUUUGAGAACAGAUAAAGAGGAAUUCAAAUGUAACUGAUCCUAGUGUUGACUGGUCCUCAGACAAAGCUCUAGCCAUAUCUUUCUUUCAGAAAUAUUUUUGAAACAUAUUCAUUCUAUAAGUGGAUGAGGCUGGGUAUUUUUUCUUUCCUGUCAUACAAAUGCAGGUUUCUCUUCUUUUAAACAAGUUUUGUAGAAGAAAUUUUACUGAUGUGGGCUGACCCUAUUUGUAUAAAAGGUUCAUCAAACUCAGCACUCCUGCUUCAUAUUCAGAAGAUCCCACAUUUGAAACUAAACUUUUGAGGCACACUGUGUUUUUUUUAAUCUUAAGUCUGUCCAGCCAAAGGCUGGUUUAUUACCUUAAAGUAGGCCGUGACCAUUUCAUCCCAAAUUAUGAUCGAUUCUUUGUUCAUGGUCACCACUCAAUUUUCUACUGUUUCACUAAUAUAAUGUUACUUAACAUGAAUUGUUUUCAUGACUAAAGAAACAAAUCUGAAUUAAUCAGAUAUAAGGAGUUGUCCUUUUGUAUUAGAAUCCUUAGUUUUCUUCUUUCUGAAAGAAAUCAGUAUGUAAAUAUGAUCUUUAAAUAUUUUGUUACUUCCACAUCAAAAAGUUAUUCACAGUUGAAUGCAGCCAUGGCAAUCUCUGCUUGGGAAGCACUGUCACAUUCACUCUAAUAUAAAUGCUGGAACAAGAAUUUAUACCGCCAAUAGGCCCAAUUGCUUUCUGACAUCCAGCCAACAUUGCAAGGUACUUUGACAGUGAAGAGAUGAUGAUUUAUAUUUUGUGUGUUUGCUUCUUAUGGUGUUCCCUGAAAACAGUCAGUUAUGUACAAAUGUUUUAUUGUUUAAAUAAAAAUUCUAUUUUCAUGUUUGA